AUGGAUCAAAAAACCGACUCGCGCGAGUAUCUCGACGGGUUCAAGGCCGGCCAGAAGGUGGCGUACGAGCGGCUCUACUGGCGACGAAUCCUCGUGCUGUUUGGAGGUCUGGCCAUGGUGCUGGGUUUCUUUGGCUAUAAAGGAUACGCUGUCAAUGACGUACUUGACCUGGAUCUGUCCAUGUCGCGAGCCGACUCUGUCAACGACAAUCCCCUUGUUUCUCCUCUGUCCAAGCCCAAGAAAAACGUCAUCUUCAUGGUCACCGAUGGUAUGGGACCUGCUUCCGUUUCUCUGGCCCGAACCUACCGACAGUACGUCCAGGGACUGGCCUACAACAACACCCUGACCAUCGACAAGCACUUUAUUGGCUCGUCGCGAACCCGAUCCAGUGACUCCCCCGUCACUGACUCUGCCGCUGGUGCCACCGCCUUCUCCUGUGGUGCCAAGUCCUACAACGGAGCAAUCUCCGUCACCCCCGACUAUAAGGCCUGUGGCAGUGUUCUCGAAGCUGCCAAGCGACAAGGUCUCAAGACCGGACUGGUGGUGACCACUCGGAUCACCGACGCGACCCCUGCUUGUUUCGGAGCCCAUGUUGCUCACCGGUCUCAGGAGGACGAGAUUGCUGACCAGCUGCUGGGCUACGCUACUCCCCUCGGCCGUUCUGUCGACUUGCUCAUGGGUGGCGGACGAAUCCAUUUCACAACCAAGGGCCGACAGGAUGGCCGUGAUCUGAUUGCUGAAGCCCAGAUCGACGGGUUCCAAUACAUUGCCAACCGAAAGGAGUUUGACGAGCUCGAUACUUCCAACGCCACCCUACCCCUUCUCGCUCUCUUCACCGACUACGACAUGCCCUACGAGAUUGACCGAGUCCCCGAGCAGUUCCCCUCUCUCAAGGAGACCGCAAUCUCUGCCCUUGAGAUUCUUCACCAGGAGACCAAGGACUCCGACGAGGGAUUCUUCAUCAUGAUCGAAGGUUCUCGAAUUGAUCACGCCGGCCACCAGAAUGACCCCGCUGCUCAGGUCAGAGAGGUUAUGGCAUUCGACGAGAUGUUUGCUGCCGUCGUUGACUUUGCCGAUUCUCUUGACACCGAAACCAUCAUUGUCUCCACCUCCGACCACGAGACUGGAGGCCUGGCUAUCGCUCGACAGGUCCAGGCUGAGUACCCCGAGUACGUCUGGUACCCCGAGGCUCUUGCUGCUGCACAGCACUCUGGAGAGUACAUUGCUCGAAAGCUGCAGGCGUUUGCUCGACCCGACCACCCUUCCGAGGCCUCUGGCUCGAAGCUGGAGAAGUUCGUCAAGCGAGAGAUCCUCGAGAACGAUCUUGGAGUCAAGGACUACACCAAACAGGAGGUCAAGGCUCUGAUUAGAAACCGGGCUGACCCCAUUGACACCAUUGUCGACAUUGUUUCUCGACGAUCCCAGACGGGCUGGUCUACGCACGGCCACUCCGCCGUCGAUGUCAACAUCUACGCUCACUCCAACAAGCAGAGCGGUCUCGACAAGUUGGAUGCUCUGCGAGGAAAUCACGAGAACAUUGAGAUUGGUCAGUUUCUGGCCAAGUACCUGGAGGUGGACGUUGCUCGAGUGACGGAGAUUCUCGAGGACCUUCCCGUUCGUGUUCAGCACGUUGAGGAGAUUGAUGACUGUGACCAGUACCAUCAUGGUUUGUAUUAA